AUGGAGGUCGCGAAUGGCACCACCGGCGCCGCAGCAGCCGCAAAUGCUGGAGCGAACUCGACGGCACCUCCUGCGAAUGGCGGCGAUGCUGCGGCUGCUGCUGCUUCUUCAAGCGACUUCAAGCUCAAGUUCUGUACGGUGUGCGCGAGUAACCAAAAUAGAUCAAUGGUCUCCCACCUCCGCCUCGCCCAAGCAAACUACCCCGUAAUCUCCUUCGGCACAGGCUCCCUCGUCCGCCUCCCCGGCCCCUCGAUCACCCAGCCAAACGUCUACCAAUUCAACAAGACCUCGUACGACUCCAUCUUCAAAGAGCUCGAGUCAAAAGACACGCGCCUCUACCGCGCGAACGGCGUCCUCAACAUGGUCGACCGCAACCGCCACGUCAAGUGGGGGCCCGAACGCUGGCAGGACUGGCAGGUCGGCAUGCCGCGCCUCACCCACGCCGAAGACCGCGGCAGCGUCGGCGUCGAGGGCGGCGUCGUCGACGUCGUCAUCACCUGCGAGGAGCGCUGCUGGGACGCCGUGAUCGACGACCUCAUGAACCGCGGGAGUCCGCUGAACAGGCCCGUCCACGUGAUCAAUGUCGAUAUCAAGGAUAACCACGAGGAGGCCAGCGUCGGCGGGCGCGCGAUUCUGGAUCUGGCGAACGCGUUGAAUGCCGCGGCGACCGAGGAGCGCGAGGCUGUCGGGGCGGCGGCGUUUGAUGGCGGGAGCGCGGCGGGCAGGGCGAGCUUUGAUGAGAGGGUCCCGGAUAUCUUGGCUGCGUGGCAGGAUCGGUGGCCUCACUUGCCUGCUGUAUGGACUCUUGCUUGGUUCUGA